AUGGAUGACCUGCAAUCUGCUAUUGACAGUAAAAAGACUGCUGUGGAAGUUGAUGAUGGGGAGCCUCGAGAAGUUGGGAAGGCGGCUGUAGACACGACAAGCACGACGAUGGAACAUGAGACACCAGGUCAUGAUGUUAUGGAAUCUUCAACGGCGACAUUGGUGCCAGAUGCCACACAAUCUGCGAAAUCAAGUACAGGGCAAAUACUGAGUCCCGAGGACCAGAGGUACUUGGAUCCUACUCCAAAGACUCCCCUCCCAUCACAACCACCAUCCCGGUCUCCCUCCAGUGCCGCAUCCAUACCACAUUAUUCUCGUUCGACAGAAGCACCAGAAAGAUCCCCAACCAGGUCAGACUCGGGGUUUGAUGAGAAGGCGUCUGCGAGCGAGGAUGAGCGAGAGACCAGUUCAAGGUCCGAAAUACAAAGCAUAAUGGAGCAAUUCAGUGAAGGGGGCCAUGGGCCGGGCCACGAGGAAGUUAUGUCGCCUAGGCUGGAGUUUGCUGGGCCCCUUCUCUCGAGUCCUAUCCAACAUCCUCCGAGGAAAUCUAGCCUCGAGCCUCUAAAUGCAAGUAACACAAGCAUUUCUCAGAGCAUUCAGGAUUUGCGAGUUUCGUCGAGUACUUCGUUGAACGCUCAAUCGCUGGAUUAUUCAGAUGUCGGUCCCCUUGUUCCACCAAAGCCAGGUUCAAUUCGUAGCUUUGGACAGCCAAAUGAUCGGUAUCAACACUCAGACUCUCCCAUGUCACCACCACUUCACAGACCCCCACCCCCAGAGCCGGAACCCGAACCUGAUCUCCCUUUCGACUUCCAUCGAUUUCUGGAACAACUCAGGCACAAAACAGCUGACCCAGUAGCAAAGUACCUACGGUCAUUUCUCGCAGAAUUUGGCAAGAAGCAAUGGAUGGUUCAUGAGCAGGUGAAGAUUAUUGGGGAUUUCUUGGCUUUCAUAACGGACAAAAUGGCACAAUGCGAAGUCUGGCGUGAGGUUUCUGACGCAGAGUUCGACAAUGCUCGUGAGGGCAUGGAGAAAUUAGUUAUGAAUCGACUAUAUACACAGACAUUUUCCCCUGCAAUACCUCCUCCUCAGCCUAUUCCUGGGACUAGGCCGAGGCGGAGAGGAGCAGAACGUCCGAUGGGCCCUGGGAGGAGAGGUCAACAUCAGGAAGAUGUUGAACGGGACGAAGUUCUAGCGCAGAAAGUCAGCAUAUAUGGUUGGAUCAAAGAAGAACACUUAGACAUUCCUGCAGUGGGCGACAGUGGCAAACGUUUCUUAGUUCUGGCUCAACAAGAACUCCUCAAAAUCAAGACAUACAGAGCACCUCGAGAUAAAAUCAUUUGCGUUUUAAAUUGCUGCAAGGUCAUAUUUGGUCUGCUCAAGCAUUCUAAAGCUGAUUCGUCUGCGGACUCCUUUAUGCCCCUGCUGAUUUAUGUCGUCCUCCAAGCCAACCCCGAGCACUUGGUUUCAAAUGUGCAAUACAUCCUGCGAUUUAGAAAUCAGGAGAAGCUUGGUGGAGAAGCUGGAUACUACCUUUCAUCUCUGUUGGGAGCUGUUCAAUUUAUUGAGAACUUGGACCGAACCACUUUGACUAUCUCUGACGAAGAUUUUGAGCGAAAUGUCGAACGGGCAGUAUCCGCCAUUGCCGAAAAGCACCAGGCAGAGACUGCAGAACUCCCUCUUCCGAACCAACUGUCCGAAAAGUCGAUUUCUAGCAGGCCUGAGGUGACUCCUCGGCAUUCGAUGGAAGGAGAGCCUUCGGCGGCACGAAAAUCAACCUCUUCAAACGAAAAUGACAGUAGUGAUGGGCUUGACGAAAAGGCUGCAAUGGGUGGCCUGCUUCGAACAAUUCAGCGACCCUUGUCUUCAAUCGGUCGCAUAUUCUCUGAGGAGCCCGGCACCUCGCAAUCAGGCCCAGCGAGAACACCUUUGCCUGGUAACACGCCCCGUCUGAGUCCAGCUCCGCGAGUAAGUUCGGACAAUCCACAAGUCCAGCAGCGCACAACUUCCCAAGAUGCGAGCGUUCGAAAUCGGAUGAGUGCAGAAGAUGCAGCUGCAAGACAAGCGAGCGCCGAGACAGCGGAAGCUCAUCGAAUCCAACGCGCAGAGCAUUCGAAUGUUGUCGAGACUCUGGCUGGUAUGUUUCCGGAUUUGGAUAGAGAGAUAAUCAGCGAUGUUGUAACUCAGAAAGACGGAAGGGUUGGUCUCGCAGUAGACGCGUGCCUCGCUCUCAGCUCGUAA